AUUUAUUAGGAAUUAAUUCAUGAAAAUGUAAAAUAUUUAUGGAAUUAAGUUGUGAAAUCAUGAAAUAAGAAGAAAGAUGAAGCAAUACUUUGUUUGGUUAACUAGCAAUCAGCAAAUUUCGAUUUCCCAAAACUAGCUAUAAAAAAUAAGCAGCACUGACGGACUGUUUACUUUAUUUCGAUUUUUCAAGCCGCAACAGGAAAAUGGAAAAUACUUAUUUUUGGAAUGAAUUUCAAUUAAAACAACCACCUUUGGUGACGCUGCAGGUGAAGGACACGGGUUUCGCAAAAAAUGUGUUCGUGGUCAUCAACAGGUUCCUGCAACAGUUGUCCGAACCGGAUGCCAAGGAUUUCGAGCAGACGGCGGCGAUGAUUGGUCGACUGAUGGCACGCCGGAAGAACUCCUUCCGUAAUAUGCCGGGAUUUCGUGCCGUGUGUAAGCUUAAUGCGGCUCUGUGCCGCCUGCUUCGUUUGGAUUUGGCCAGGGAACUGGAACAGUUUCGCGGUGCUCUGCCGGAUGUGUGCGAUGAGGAAUUGGGCGGAGCUAUGCCCACGCGGAGCAGUUUUGAGUUCAUUUUGGUGCGUCUGUUGGGCUUCUAUCAUCUUCACGAGCGGAUCAGGGAAUGCUGCCUCAGUGCAGCCUCAUACUUCACUCAACUCCUGCGCAAUAACUUCUUUAUGGACUUCACCACGCUGCUAAUCGCUGCUAUUGCCAAGAUUAGCAAACUGAGCUCCUUGCAGGCCAGCAAAAGCGCCAUACUGUACAACAAGCUGCGCCCUCAGGUUGCCAACUUUCCGCAAGUGCAGAAGCACAAGUUCCUCGCGGAGAAUCAACAGCUUCCUGCCAGAUUAGAAGCCCCAAAGAGGCCUAAUAAUCAAAUACAGACAGACGAAACACCCGACAUAGUCCUCAAACCUAAAAAGGUCGUCACCAAAAUGGAAAAAGCCAGACUGGAGGCCAAAUCUGAUGUGGGCACCAUAAUUGCCAGGAAGGAAACACCCGCUCAAGAUGCAAAGAAAAUCAAAUUCAAUGAAAACGUUCUAGCCACUGUGGCGGAUGCACAGAAGUUCAUUGAACGCGAGUCAAAGGCCAGGAAACUGAAUCCACCUCCAGAAAGUUGUUUUACCAGAAAGAUAGCCAAGCACGAGUGGCUGGCCGCUCAGACGCUGUUCCAGCGCAAGCUGUCCAAAGAGCCAGAAAAGGCGUUGAGCAUAUUUCGCAAGUUUAUUGUUAACAAAAUAAAGUAACUUCACAAGCGACGAUAAA